AUGGUUUGGGAGAGCUACGCGAAGCUAGGGAGCAAAAAUAUGGUCACUGUCUUUGACAUCUUCGCAUACUCUCUCAGAUUCGUCCGAGAACGCAUCGUCCCCAACAUGCCCAUUCCUGACGUCAAGAACGACCCGCCAAAGGUACAGUUCGUCCGUCUGGCGCACGUCUACUUCGAGCACCGGGACCUCCACACGUUCGCAAAGUUCGUGAAAGAUUUCGGCUUGCUCGAGGAGAAGCGACCCGGAAACCACACCAUCUAUUUUCGUGGCUACGGGAGAGAUCCGUACGUCUACGUGACUACCGAGUCGUCUUGGAAGAAGGGAAAGCCGGAGUUCCUACACUUGGCCUUCGUGGCGAGUGACUAG